UACACUGCAUUGCCUGUGCAGUUGGUGGUAGGGCAUGUGAAAGAUCAAGCGAAGCCGAUGCACUGGCAGGAUGACGUGUACAGCCAGGCGGGGAGGUGUGUGAGCAGAGCACAGCUGAGGGAGUGGCCAUGGCUUCAGCCUGGCUGGGAGACUGGAGGAGAGGAGUUAUACUGUGCAGGCGCUGUCCACUUAUCCGCUGGUCCUGAACUCUGCCCCCACGCCGGCUGCUGCUCCUGCCCUGCGCUGACUGGGAAGGGGAGCUGAGCGCAGCGCUCUACAGUUAACGCUACUACAGCACAAAACUUGGAUAAGAGAGAGUGCAGCGUUGCUCCCGGAAUCGCUCCAUCACUACUCGUUGGGAUUUUAUUUUCUUUUUGUUUUGCUUAAAUCAUUUCUGGAUUUGCUGCACGUUAUUUGCUUCUGGGGAAUUACGCUACAAGGUAUUUCGGGAGACUUCACCCAACGCAGAGCAAGAUGUCGUGUUGGCACAUAACUAUUCUAUUUUUGGGAUGCUUUGUCUUGCUCAUUCAAGGGAGGCCAUCAAGGGAAGAGUUCGGUGUUAAGUCCUUUCCGCCAUUUAUAAGACUACGGCAUAAGCAAGACAGAAAUCAUGAAGUAUCCAGAAACAAAGGUUUCUUUGGUCAGCAGGAUGGGCACGGAACUUGUGAAAAUAAGUACUGCGGCCUUGGAAGACACUGCAUAGUAAGCCGAGAAACUGGGCAAGCAGAGUGUGCAUGCAUGGAACGUUGUAAACCACAUUAUAAGCCUGUUUGUGGCUCAGAUGGAGAAUUCUAUGAGAAUCACUGUGAAGUUCAUAGAGCAGCCUGCCAAAGAAAUAAGAAAAUAAUCAUGGUUCACAAUGAAGACUGUUUCUUCAAAGGAGACAAGUGCAAAUCGGCAGACUACACAAAGAUGAAGAAUGCAUUACUAGACUCACAGAAUCAGAAACACAUCAUAAAGGAAAGUGAAAUGGAAAAUACAGACAGAUUAAGUCUAAGAAAAGUCUUGGUGGAUCAGAUGUUUAAGUAUUUUGAUGGUGAUAGCAAUGGACUGGUGGAUAUUAAUGAAUUAUCCCAGGUAAUAAGACAGGAGGGUUUUGGAAGAAAACUAUAUGAAUGUUCCCUAUUUGAUCUAGUAAAGUAUGAUGAUUACAAUGGGGAUAAGCAUUUGUCACUGGAUGAAUUCUACAGAGCAUUCUGGAUUGUUCAGCUGAGUCUUCCAGAAGAUCAGGCAUUAAGUUUCACAACAGUAACAGUUGGACAAAGUGUUGUUUUAAUCUGUGGAAUACAAGGAAAUAUGAGACCUCCUAUUAUAUGGAAACGAAACAACGUGAUCCUGAACAGUUUGGAUUUAGAAGAUAUCAAUGAUUUUGGAGAUGAUGGAUCCUUAUACAUUACCAAGGCUACCACAACCCACAUGGGGAAUUAUAGCUGUCACGCUGAUGGCUAUGAUAAGCUUUAUCAAACUCAUAUUCUCCAAGUGAAUGUUCCACCUGUCAUUCGAGUCUAUCCAGAAAGCCAGGCCAGAGAGCCAGGUGUGACUGCCAGUUUAAGAUGCCAUGCUGAUGGAAUCCCUCAGCCCCAACUCAGCUGGCUUAAGAAUGGAAUAGAUAUUACAACAAAAUUAUCCAAGCAGCUAACAUUACAAGCAAAUGGCAGUGAGGUCCACAUUAGUAACGUGCGAUAUGAAGACACUGGUGCAUACACUUGCAUUGCAAAGAAUGCAGCUGGAGUGGAUGAGGACAUCUCUUCUCUCUUUGUAGAAGAUUCAGCCAGAAAGACACUUUCCAAUAUAUUGUGGCGCAAAGAAGGUCUUGGAACUGGAAAUGUGUUCUAUGUGUUCAGUGGAGAUGGCAUCAAAGUAAUCCAGCCCGUAGAAUGUGAAUAUCAGAGACAUAUUAAAACCACAGAAAAAUUGUUUGGAACCCAGGAUGAAGUUUGUCCAAAGAUAGAAGGACAAGAAACUCAAAGCUGUGUUUGGGCAUCUGCUGUUAACGUCAAGGACAAAUUCAUAUAUGUGGCUCAACCUAAACUAAACAGGGUUCUCCUUGUUGAUGUUCAGGCUCAAAAAGUUGUUCAGGCAGUAAACACAGAUCCCAUUCCUGUGAAACUACAUUAUGAUAAGUCACAUGAUCAAGUUUGGGUACUUAGUUGGGGUAACAUGGAAAAAACAUCUUCAACUCUACAGGUCAUAACCCAAGCCAGUGGAAGUAUUUCACAUCAUACCAUCCACACUCAGCCAGUCGGAAAGCAUUUUGACAGGGUUGAUGACUUUUUCAUUCCUGGUACAACAUUGAUUAUCAAUCAUAUCAGGUUUGGAUUCAUAAUUCAUAAAGAUGAGCCGGCACUUUUAAAAAUUGAUUUGGAAACCAUGUCCUACAUCAAGACAGUUAGCUUAAAAGAUUAUAACUGCAUCCCUCAAUUUUUGGCCUACACUCACCUUGGAGGAUAUUACUUUAUUCGCUGCAAGCCUGAUACAACAGGAGCUAUUCUUCCUCAAGUGAUAGUAGAUAGUGUAACUGAUACUGUCAUUGGAUAUAACAGGGAUGUGACUGGCAUUCCUUACGUCUCUCCAGAUGGACACUAUCUUGUCAGUAUCGAUGAUAAUAAAGGAGUCAUGAGAGUACAGUUAAUUACAAUUCAAGGGGAAAUUCAGGACUUGUUUGACAUUCAUACUAAUCUACAUAUUUCUGAUGUGGCCUUUCAAUCAUCAUUUAUAGAAGCUCAUCAAUACAAUGUCUAUGCAAGCUCCAGCACACAAACUGAUGUGCUCUUUGUAGAGCUCUCAUCUGGAAAAGUGAAAAUGAUAAAGAGCCUAAAAGAACCAGUGAAAUUAGAAGAAUGGCAGUGGAGCCCCAAAAAUCGAAUUAUCAUUGAGAGUGGCCUCUUUGGACAAUACUUAAUGACACCUUCCAAGGAAUCAUUGUUUAUUUUAGAUGGACGACUCAACAAAUUAAACUGUGAGAUCACUGAAGUUGAAAAAGGCAACACAAUCGUGUGGGUUGGGGAGGCAUAAGAAUUGCAACUUAGGCUCUCAAUGUUUACUUUAUCUUUACAAUGAACAUAAUGUUCUUUUUUUCAACAGUUAAGCUUUUGCAACUUUAUAUAUUUUAAAAUAAUUUUGCAAAGCCAAGAAUAAUUCCACCUCCCUAUACAUUUUAGUUGUACUAAAAUGUUUACUAAUUAGCUAAAUAAAAUUAAACUUUUUGUAAUUUUCAUAAAAUGAUGCCUAAAGAAAUAAAAAUAGUAAAUGAAGUAACUGGGGAAAACAACAAUUUGACUUUAUCUAUUAACAAGUGGUUUCUGUUUGAUUAGUCUAAAAGAAAAAAAUGUGCCGUAAUUAAAAAUUUCUGUCCCAUAUUCAUUCGUGCCUUGAAUGGAAUAUUUUAUAGGAAAGAAACAAAAAAAAAAGGAAAAAAGCAUAACCUAUGAUUCUUUGGGAUCUUUUUGUGACAUAGAAAAUGUUGUUAAUUGUCAGAGCCCAAAUUUUUUGUAUAUUAUAAGACAUAUUUCAUUAUUUCUUUUUUUUAGUUCUUAUAUAUAGUUAGACAUACUAUUAUUCAUUUAAUAGGUUUAGGAAAAAAAUAUAUUUUCAUUUUUCAAGUAUCAGGGUCUGAUUUCAGGUUUAACAAAAUGUUGUAUUUAAGUAAUAUAAUGUUAAUUUUCAUGUGAAGGCAUUGCAAGGUUUUUACUUUUUGCAGUUAUACUUUAUUAACCAAUAGCUUUAUGCAGCCAUAAGUUAAUGUUUUUCAUUAAGUUUAUACUGACUUACAUCAGGCAUGUCCAAACUGCAUCCCUCCAGCUGUUGUGAAACUACAUAUCCCAGCAUGCCCUGACACAGUUUUGCUGUCAGAGAAUGCUAAAGCUGUGUCAGGGCAUGCUGGGAUGUGUAGUUUCUCAACAGCUGGAGGGCCGCAGUUUGGACAUACCUGACUUACAUCAUUCUAAGGAACAACAUUGUUCUCUAUUUCCCCUUACAGAUACAGUACAUAUAAAAACAAUCAAAAUACAUUUCUACUAUAUUAGUAAAACCCCAAAAUUGGAUUUAUGUAGAGACAUCACUUUCUAAAAUCUGACACUCCUGCACAAAAUUUCUUACAAUUUUUCCUGAAAAUAUUUUUGUUAUACUUGAGUUAGCCUGCCAUUUGAGUGGCAUGUCAAACAAUAUGAAAUCCUAAAUAAUACAAAUUUAAUGACAUUUAUAUAAAAUAUAAAUAUCAUAAAGAAACAUUGAUUUAAAUUCCAAUUCAAUAGUAGACAAUCACAAAAGGAUAAAUCAUAUUGCUAACAUUAUACUUUUAAAAACAUUGAAAAAUGUUUUUAUAUAUUUUUUUCAUUUAUUGAAGUGACAAUAUUAUAAAUAACUGCAUUCAGAAAGUACAUUUAAUUGAAUUCAUACAAUAGUACAGUGUUUCCUUUCAAUAAUAUAUCAUUUUUUUAAAUUUUACCAUAUAUAUUUUUAAUUAUGUUUUCCCUUUUAUUUUGUCUGAAAGUUUGAGAAAAAUUACAUAAAAGAUCUACAGUAUAAGAUAUCUAUGGUUAAAUGACAAAAUACUAUAGAGUUCCAUUAGGUGUACAAUUUUUCAAAUGGGAUGUCAGUUGUUCACUUUUUCAGCAACAUAUCACGUACAGUAGAGUAUCUUUCUUUUUUUAGGCAGCUGCUAGUGUGUAACAUAGUAUGUGAGUUACUUUUCUGUGCAUGCCAUUGCAUCGGAGAUUGAAUCUUCAGUUGUCACUUGGUGUUUUCAGACUUCUUGAAAACAGAAAGCAUCAAACAGGAAAAACAGGUUGUUAUAUGGUCAUUAGAAAACACUGCAGGGUUAAAUGCCAGUGGCACCACAAGGCCAGGAUUUUACCAGCUGGGUAAAAACAUACCUGUAUUUUACACUGAAAAGGGUGAGAAAGUACGCAAACAAAAUGUAGAUAGUUUAACUAGUGAAGAGAUUGAUAAACUGUUCUAUAUUGUUAUAUAUUUGAUAAUAAAACAAAAACACAGGCAAAAGUGAUUGGAUAUACAAUCAGGAAAAGUCAGGAAUCAUACAUCUGUUUCUAUUGGCCUUGGUUCCUGGAAGAUUUAAUGCAUUACAAAUAAAUAUUUAUGACAUAUUAAAAUAGUUCAGUGUGUUUUGAGCUGUGUGGUAUAUUUUGCCGACAUUCAUCAUGUCAACUUUCAUAAUGUCGGCAUGGUGGUAAUGUUGAUAUGCUUGGCAUGUUCACAUUAACCACGGAAUAAAUGUCAACAUGAUUUGAAUGAUGUUAAAAUAUUCCUGCUGGUCUAGUGGUGACUUAACUGAUUCAGCUCAUCUGAUGGCUAAAGUGGUAUCUUCCAGGUCUGGUGGUCUUCUGAUUAGGACUUCCGCCUGAUCCAUCAUCAGUUCUGAUAACCCUAACCCUCCCCUCCCGUAGCCUAAUCCUAACCUUCUCCCUAGUGCCUAACCCUUCCAUCUUAUAGCCUAACUGUAACCUCUGCUGCAGCAUCCCUACCCAAACCUUCUGGUCCUAACAGAAUGUUGACAUUUUACAUGUCAACAUUGUGAACAUGUUGAUAUUCUGCAGAUGCCUACAUGUUCAAUGUCAAUAUUUCAACAAUGUCUACAUAAUAACUGUCAACAUUUUAAAGUUGGUCUUGAAAAAUGUCAACAUUAUGACUGCAUCCUGAUGUUUGAAAUGCUACCUUCAUCAAUAGAUACAUUACACCAGAUAGAGUCAUAGUGUCAAAUACAAAUUUAAAUAUCUGCUGGUGAACCUGUAAUUUCAUCCAUAAAUCUAUAUUUGACCUUGAUGUGAUUCUUGAAAAUGGCUGUGUGUGUGUGUGUGUGCGUGCGUGCGUGCGUGCGUGCGUGCGUGCGUGUGUGUGUGUGUGUGUGUGUGUGUGUGUGUGAAAGGGGGGUGGUAUCAAAUUUUACUGAGCAAUAUCAUACUGUAACACAUUUGCUUCAAUGAAUUACAUAUUAUCAUGAAUCUGGAGCUAGAUUACUUUUUUUUCCCUUUAAAUAGCAAAUCAAACCACUCAAACUGCUCUCUUCCUGAUUGUGUAUCUAAGUGUAUUGUGUCAGUAUUUGGCAUUUGCUUUUAUUGUCUUUUUUCUGUCAAGCUCAUUUUAACUCUCAACAGAAGGACACAUUCAGGGUUUUCUGCCUGUUCUAGUGAAUUCAUUAUACAGUAGUCGGUGUUCAGAAACAGAUGUUCUCUCCAUUUAUCUGAAAUACCUGUUGUACUUUUCUAGUGCAAUAAAAUAAAUGUGAUUGUUUACAUUUUCUUCUGGUGAACAUUCUGUUCACAACGUUAAUGUUUUGUCAUCAUGUCUGUGCCCAUUUUUUUUUCUUAAUUUUAGCACUAUCCAGUAAAAAAUUAGAUUUGGUGCAAAUAUUCUAAAUUUGGUAAGGACAUAAUACAGGAAUGCCAGUAUUUUGUUUUUACAGAAACGUGGCAGUGGUAGUGUGAAAUGGUCCUUACAACAAUAUGACUUUUUCCAGUUCAGGAAGAAAAAUUUAAUCAAGAAAGAUAAUUAAAUAACCAUUCAAGAUUCUGACUGUUACAUAAAAAAGAUAUACUGUAUUAUACAAUUUGGAAUAGCCGUGCAAAAAUGGGUGUCUCAUAACUCUUGCACUUUCCUGUCUCACAUCAUGGAGACUGCAAUCAAGCACUAUUGGUUGUUUUCAAUAAUAGUCAUAUAUUUAAAAUCUGUUCUCUACACUAUAACAAAUAAUAAUCUUUGUUGUUGUUUGUAAAACAGCAGCGUGACUCGAUGUGAAGAUAAUCACUAUAUGCUACAGCAAAAAUUACUCAAUCUUUUCUCGUAGUUCCUCUGGUCAUAUUAGAUGUAUCCAAUUGUUUUGUGGAACUAAUGCUAUAUAUAUAUAUAUAUAGCAUUGCUAUUGAUAGUUGAUAUUCUUUAUUGAUUUGAUCUGAGAUUCAAAAGAACAUUAACCAAAUUAUUUUAUUUUCUAUUUUUAUUAGACAGGUAGCACUAUCAUACUUUGAACGGAACUAUUUUAAUAACCGUCAAUUGGUUAAUCUGUGUUAAAUACCUUGUAAGGAAAGUCAUUGUAAUUUAUAUAACUCCUUUAUGCUACAGUAUAAUGCAUUUCUUGGAUAUACAGUAUAAAAACAGCAGAGGUGGAGGUACUGUAUAAUACUGUCUGUGGGAGCCUAGAGUACAGUGUAUUAAAUAGGAAAGGUGGUGGUAUACAAACAUUUAAUGGGCAAAUAUAAUAUGUGAAUUAGCGUAAGCAUAUGUUCAGUAAGUUUAUGGGAGAUACAGUAUGUGAUAGAGGUGUAACAAUUCAAUUCUAAUGUUUCUGCGACAUACUGUAUAUUGCAGAAUUGGAGGGCUAGAUUAUAAAGCAUACUUGAUAUAGAAUAAUAGAGGUGGAUUAAUAAUGUGUUUGGAUUAAAUCUUAGUAUGUGACAUAGCACAGUUCAGAUCAGAGCUACUUUAGGAUCAGUGACAAUGCUAGUAAUGAGCAAGCAUGUGCAGGUUUAAAAACUUUCUGAUACUUAAAGCAUUAACUUGUCAUUAGGUUCUAUUAUUAUAUGUUAUUUUAUAUAGUUUGCUUUACUACUACUGUGCUUUCUCAGAUUUUUUCUUCCCAUUUUCUGAGACAUAAUUACUGUGGCCUCUUUAUUCUCCUCCCUUGCCCAGAAAUAAUCACUUGUAUCAUGGUUUGUCUGGUCUUUAGAGGCCUCUGAGAACUGAUAAAACAGAAAUUAAAUGGAUGCUCUCUCCCGCUCACUUGGCACUGCAGCUGUAACAUAUUGUGUAUAGGCAUCCACCCUAAGAGUUUUCUCCUACGCUUGAUAUGUAUCUCUGUGGUUGGUCCAUUAUUUUACCUGGUUAUCAGUGGAUCAAUGACAAACAUAUAUAACCGAAGGCUUAAGGAACAAUCCAAGUUAUGGCAAAAUCUUUGCCAACCCCAGCAAUAACCAAACUAUGUUCUCUACAAAACCUUAACUACUAUAUAGUCUAGAGAUACAUAUGAAAAACCGUGUCUAAAGCUUUACAUUUAUUCAGGCAUUCAAAUUGAUUAGCCACCCUUGCUCUAUGCCAGGCAUUUUUCCUAUGGCCUACACAGUAGGAAAGCUGUGACAAUGACAUACGAAUGAAUCAAACAGUGCAAUCUGAAGAGGAAGGCUAGUUGGGUUGUCAGAGUAAAGAGAUUAAAGAGCUUACGUUAUAGCUCACAACUUUCCUGUUGUGCAGACUGGAGAAACCUGCCUUAGAAGUACAUAUCCUAUUAAAAGUCAAUGUAUUAAAUGCUGUUUCCCAGAUGAGAAGCACCAUGUAGUAAAGCAGACAAAAUAACAUAAUAAGACCUGGUGUUAGAUGGGAUUAAUAUUAAUCUUUAACAAAUGUUCCAAUUUCUCAUUUAAGACCAAUAUUUAAGGCUAUUAGAAAGUAGGCUGUAAAAUAGUACUCAGACUCAGAAUGCGAGUACCAUACAUGCAAGUAGGAAUAAGAGUUGUGUGCUAAAUCUCUCUAGGACCAUAGGGUAUUUAUUGAACUAAAGUCUAUGUUAGAAUUAAUAUUAAAUUCCUUUUUUCCUUUUCUAGCUUCUAAUACCUUUCCCUUUCAUAGAUUACCAUUGUGAAUUCAAACCUUGUAAAUCUCGUACAAUUUGUGUUACUUAGUCAGUCUCUUUUACAUCUUUGUUAUGUUAUUAACACCAUGUUGAUGUUCUGUAUGUAACAAAUGCUUGAAAGAGAAUAAACCCUAAUGUUUUAAGCAAUUGUCCAUCUUUGUGAAUACUGUACCUAUAAUGUAUGCUGCAGUUCAGUUAACAGAAACAAUAUUAAGUCAUGCAGUUUGUUUAAUGUUUGCAUUAUAUUUCAUGGGCUCCAUCA